AUGAAGCAGAGUCUCAUCAAUGCCAUGGCUGGCCCCUCGUCGGGAAAGGCUGGACUCGCAAGGGAUCAAUCUGAGAUCAAUCGUAUAAUCGCUGAGGCUUCGAAGAAUUCAAGAUUCUUUCAAGAGGCCAAACGGAAGGAUGGAAUGUUGACUGAAAAAAUUGGGAAGCUGCUUGCGGAACGGGACAGCGUGAUGAGCAUUAUGGACAUUCGUAAUGCAGAGUCCACUGUGGACAAAAUGAUAUCUGCCAUGGAGGCAACAAGGGAUGUGUCAAAAAUAAUAUGCCAUGUUGACCUCGAUGCAUUCUAUGCUAGUGUGGAAAGUCUGGAUGACCCAAGCCUAGUGGGGAAAGCAUUCGGCGUCAGCCAAGGCGUGCUUACGACUGCCAGCUAUGAGGCUCGAAAAUAUGGAUGUAGGUCAGGCAUGGCCACAUUCGUCGCAAAGAAACUUUGCCCACACCUCAUCAUUGUCCCCUCGCAUUUCGAGAGAUACGCCCAGAAAUCAAAAGAAGUCAUGGAUGUUUUGGGGAAGUAUGAUCCAGACAUGUGUAUUAUGGGUGCUGAUGAAGCGUACCUAACGCUCAAUGAUUACUGCGAUCUUCAUAACAUGACGCCGGAAGAAUGUGUGGAACAAAUGCGAGCCGACGUUCACCGUGAAACUCAGCUUACUUGCAGUGCAGGUAUCGCGGCAAACCGCAUGCUCGCGAAAAUAUGCUCGGAUCGCAACAAGCCCAACGGACAAUUCACACUCCCAAGGAAUGCAGACGACAUCAUCAAAUUCAUGCAUGACCUGCCCAUGCGGAAGAUACCCGGCAUUGGGCGAGUGACAGAGCGGAUCUUAACCUCUCUGGGAAUUAAUACUUGUGGGGAUGUUUGCAAGCAUCGAGCGAUGCUCCUUAGUAUGGACAAGCACCUCCCAGGGGGGAUAUCGUAUCUAUUGAAUGCACACUUGGGUAUCGGCUCCAAUAUCGUAGAGCCACCAGUCAGAGAAGACCGCAAGAGUGUAGGAGUUGAAAGGACUUUUAGCCCGGAUGCCGACAAGGACGCUUUAUUAGCUAAGCUGGAGGGCAUAGCAGAGGACCUAGAGGAAGAUUUGGCUCGAACUGGAUGGGCAGGGCGGACGGUCACGCUGAAAUACAAGUUGGACACCUUUCAGACAUUUACACGCGCGAAAUCGCUGUCUCGGUUCAUCACAUCAAAAGCCGAUAUCUUCGCCGCUGGGAAAGAACUAUUUUUGAAGGAGUUCCCGUCCAUAUCAAAGCUACGUCUGAUUGGCCUACGCCUCACAAUGCUCAAGGAUCUCCGGCUUCACGAAGUGUCUAGUCCAAACUUCAAAAAGCGGAAACGGUUGAGUGAUGGGAGUGGCGCGGAGCCGACGAACCAUGGUUUCGCAGCAGAGGCCACGUUGGCGAGCAACUUUGAGGCUGACACGUCAGCGAUGGAAGACGAUUGCAUAGGCUGGGAACUUGGGAAUGCCCCUGAGGGGCCUUCUAGAUGGGAUCGGCGUAAGCGAGAGGAAGAAGCUUUACUUUUCUCAAAGACGGGGGGAACGCAGCUUAUUUCUCACACCAAUCCUGGCGCUGACGCGGCUACGGAGAGGCCUCUGAUGCUGAAUUCAAUCGGCGACAGUGAUAUUGCAGAAGGAAACGAGCCCAUCUCCCUGACACGACUUCGCGACGCAGUCAGAGGUAACUAUGAUGGGGGAUUGGCCAAAUUCCAACCCUCUACCACUGCUCAACCUCAAGCAUUGACAUCUCCAAACGCCCGGAACAAGCGCAAUCGUACCCAAACCGUGGAUCAUUCCGAGGCCCCUCGCAGUCCGCUGCAGUGUCCCAUCUGCAGUAAGGAGCUUGUGGUCGACAAUGACGAGCUCAAUGCGCACAUAGAUUACUGCUUAAGCCGUGGCACGAUCAUGGAGGCAGCAUCUGGGAGAUGAACAGUGACAUUCAAAGCUAUUUGCAACUCCAUAGAUCGAUUGCACAAUAUUCCCCUGAUUCCCCUAAUUCAGAAUUGGAAAAUGUAGAAUUAUUUUGGGCUUCGUCUGUAUGCGCAAUAUUUAUUGCUUAUCUAUGAACUGGC